AUGGCUGGGUCAAUGGUUGGGCAGCACGAAAGUCACAGCGCACAUCCUGCUGAAGUGGCUGCGGAAGCCAACAAAUGGCACAUCUCGAUGCGAGCUGACUUGAACGAGGAAGGAGCAAACCACCCGAGUGGCUCGGUGAUUAAAGCAAGACCCCAGAUGGCGGGUCACACAAGCUGGAUUUUGAAGCAAGAGUCCCCAUUCCCUUCAGUGGUAUUCUACACUCCGUGUACUCACUCAGAGCCCAACUCACGCCUUACAGUCUUCCCGUCCUCGUAUAGGAGCGAUACUGUCACCCAGUCAACGGAGCUCAAGAUCGAAGAGCAGGUCAACCUUUCCAGCUCGCACGGCGGACGGGAAGGUCACGAAACUCGUUACACCUCAUCCCAGGCCGCUCCGUCCCGCCGCUUUGAAGAGGAGAUCAAAGUAACCGAAAAGGACCACUACCGUCAACCGGUACGCAGAGAGGAGAAAGUCCAAAUCUACGAAGAAGAUCGCACGUCUCGUCCUACCAGACAGACCAGAGUCAACAUUGAACAGGAUCGUCCCAGCUAUCGUGAACCUUAUCAACGUUACGUCGACGCACAGAUCGACGUCCAGGACAAGGCCUACGACCACCAGUACCGCACUACCCACGGUCCUGCCACUCACCUCGGAUCAGAAGUCGACGUUACUGAACGUGACUACCGCCGCCAAACUAGCCCCAUAGUUCAGGACUCCUACGUUCAGACCACAUCUGGAUCUUACGUCCAGGACUACCCUAAGACCACUUCAGUCCGCGACUACUACCACGCCUCUCCUGCUCAAGAGGAAGUACGAGUCAAGACAGAGACACGUACUACCGUCGACCCUCCCAAGAAACGCAAGUUUGACAUGGGAUACUACGACGACGAAGGCCAAUAUCACUCUUUCCGUGACGGACUCCACCGCGCUGCUGAUCAUAUCCUCCACCCCAUCCACGGACCCCGUCAUCACCAACAACACCCCCAUCACCACCACUCUGAGCCCGUCGAGGAAGUCAUCGAAGAACGUGAAACCGUAACCGCCAUGCCUGCUCCCCGUCGUUCCGCUGGCCGCUCUGGUCCCAGCAGUGCUGUCUCUAUCCCCUGCCAUCACAUCCGCAUUGGUGACUUGCUCUACCUUCAGGGUCGCCCUUGCCAGGUCAUCCGCAUCACCACUUCUUCUCAGACUGGCCAGCACCGCUACCUCGGUGUCGAUCUCUUCACCAAGCAGCUGCAGGAAGAAUCCUCGUUCAUCUCCAACCCUUCCCCUUCGGUGGUAGUCCAGCAGAUGUACGGACCUGUCUUCAAGCAGUACCGUGUCCUUGACAUCCGUGACGAUGGUCAAGUCGUUGCCAUGACCGAGACUGGCGAUGUCAAACAGGGUCUUCCCGUCAUUGACCAGAGCAGCCUUUUGCAGCGUCUCACCGAUGCUUUCGACCAGGGCCGUGGCAGCAUCAGAGUUCUCGUUCUUAACGACGAAGGUCGUGAGCUCGCUGUCGACUACAGAGUCGUCAACGGAAGCAGACUCUAA